AUGAAAUAGUCAUGGGAGUGACCCAUGUUGGUAUCACCGAAGGUGGCUUUGCACAACCAUAGCUGCGUUGGCUCGGAGCAAUGGCCGAAGAUUCUACGAAACCAGCUCUGAACUCCGCAGCUGAACUCAUAGCAUGACGCGCCAGCAACCGAACCCCAGCACCCCCUCCCCGUUUUGUUGAGGCCAGUUUUGAUGACUAAAGGAGAGCCACUUGCAGUACAUACCCGCAGUUUGGAGAAUGAAGCAAUCGCAGAUGUGCACUUUGCAUGGAGGUGCCGCUCUUCCGGCGGUGGUACCUUCGCCUUGGCCAGGGGCUCCUCCAAAGCGAGGCGACGUCGGUGACUUGGAAGACCUCGGUGUCGGGGCUGAAGGUGCUGCCAGAGAACCAGCGGCUCGGGUACUGCGAAGUGGGCAAGGACUGUGCGACGAGCCGAAAGGCGGUGCCGUCUGGUGGUCGGGUGGCAAUUCUCCCAGUGGGCUUCGCAGAGUUCCGGGGGGAUUUCGUGCGGAGCGGGGACGGCACGGCGCUGAAGGUGUUGAACUCUGCAGCCAGCACCACGGUGGUGGCGGUGCCAGAAAACAUCGACCUGGGCAUUGGUGAUGAGGUGACGCUCUGCGAGAGCUGCGUUUCGACCUCGCUGCCCUGGUCUGUGCCCCGGGUAGCGGGCCACAAACGGGGCUUCCCUGGGUUCUGCUGGCCGGCAUGACGCAUGUAGCCUCAAAGCCUCGGAUCAAUCAGCCACGUGGCUCGGACUGCGAUCCAAUCAGCGCGCGAGGAACUGGCCGCCAUCGUGGAAUCGUGGAGUCCCUGGCGUAUCUCUUCAUUCGAACCUGGUGAUCCAACCUAAGGUAACAGGGCAACAUUGGCAACUGGCUUUCCCCGGCCCUACGUCCAACACAUACAACUUCAGCGGCUGGAUUGGUACACAAGGGAGUUGGCUCGUUUGCGACGACAUCAUCGUUGGAGUGUGCGAUGCCGUCCAGCGGCAAGGCGAGAUGUCCACCUCUCUCUGGACGCAUGAGCAGCGGUG